AACUGUGUAGGUUAAAGUAUUUUACUACUUUCGUUGUGUUCUGCGAAUGAAAGAAUUUUUAAAAAGAAAAUAUAUGAGAGUUUAAAAUUCAAAAUAACUUUUUAUAAAUUAUAUCCCUUCUUUUUCAUUUCACUACAUUUGGCUACGCUUCAUAUUUUACUUUAUCAUCUGCAUGACAAUUACACUAUCAGUGUCUAAAAAUAUAAUGUUAUUCAAUUGUCUUUAUCACGGGAAUUUGAUCGGGGAAUAUUGAACAGAAUCCGGCGUCCAGGCGAAUUGUGACGUCACGCAGGUGAUUUGAAUAAAACACCUGUGUAUUUAUGUUUGUAUUUUUGUCAGUGUCAGACUUCAGCCACAAUGAACACAGAAAUAGAAACUCAACAACAAUGCACCCAUCCGGGAUCUGACGGUCAACAAGCCACAACAGACCAGUUCCCGCCAGGCUUACCAGUCAAUCCGCAAGGUGCUAAUCCGAACGGGCACCUGUCGCCGCCAUUACAUGGGGCUCACCUUCCGGCGCAGCCACGUAGUCUUCCACAAUAUGGCUACCAGCAACAGCAACCGCAAUAUGGAUACCCACAAUACGUCUCGCCAACAAAUUCGCCAGACUCUCAAAAACUGAUGGGGGAAUACGAGGGGAACAGCCACAAUCACGCGGCUAUGUGUCCAGAGCCAACGUCACGAAUACGUGUUUCUCUCAUUGAGGCUUACUUAUUGAUGAUUGUCCUGGGCAUAUUUGGGGCGCACCAUUUUUACCUAAAACGCCCACGAUGGGGACUUCUCUACUGUUUCACUUUUGGUUUACUCGGCGCUGGAUGGCUUAUUGACAUCUUUCGACUUCCGGUCUUGGUUUCUCGAUGUAAAAAUGAAGCUUCUCAUCCAGAUCCAAGCCUUGCCAAGAAAAAGCGUUUGGAUGAUGUUUAUGUGUUGUGGUCUCCAGGUGGUCUUAUGGGGCUCCAUCAUUUCUACUUGAAUAACAUCAAGCUGGGAAUUUUAUAUCUUUGCACAUUCGGAAUUUGUGGUAUUGGUUGGUUAAUCGAUGCCUUUCUAAUGCCGUACCAUGUAAAAAUCGCCAAUUCUGACAACCAGGAUUCCACUGAAAAAAGAUUUACAACGACCUGCAUCCUUGCGAUUUCUCCAACGGGACUCCUCGGAGCUCAUCAUUACUAUUUGAACCGAUUUGGUUUUGGGCGUCUCUAUAAUUUCACUUUUGGGAUUUUUGGCAUAGGAUACAUCGUAGAUUGGUUUCGUUUUCCAGUUUUACUAAAGCGCUCUAACACAGCCAGGACAAUGUGUCACAGUUCCCACAAACACCUUGAUGACGCUUACCUUCUCUGGUUUCCACUCGGAUUCCUCGGGUUUCAUCAUUUCUACUUAAACAGGCGUGGCUGGGGACUACUGUACAUGUUUACUUUUGGUUUCCUUGGCAUUGGGUGGCUCGUCGAUCUUUGCCGGAUGCGGACGUUAGUAGAAAAUUGUAAUAGAGACAUUGACGAACGAGUGCAUCUUACCGGAAGUAAUAUAGUCGGGGGUCACGUGCCGCUCAACUAUGGACAGACGGGUCCCUGUCCACCGGGAUACUCCAACCCACAUCCGGGUAUUUAUCCAACCCAGCAGAACGGUGAGUUUGAAUCACAAAUUGACAACAGGGUACCAGACACAGGUUAUAAUUUGGUUUCACUGAAUCAGAUAAUUGGAGUAAAUAACAAAAAGAUAGUCAAACCCCACAGCAACGUAGAGAAUCUAAGAUAUGGUUCUGUUCCUGGAAUGAAUGACCAACCCCCACCAUACGAGGCCGCGUCGAUUCCUACCAAAGGUCACUAG